AUGUCGUCCCAACCGACGAUCACCCAGCUAAAAGAGCGCUUCAUCACAAGCCAGACCCUCCGCCUGGCCACGCCGGUCACGCCUUCGGCAGCCUUCGUCGCCGCCAACGCCCGCUCCGAAUCGGCCCUCGACCCACGACAGCUCGACACCGUCUCCUCCGUCCUCGAGGGUCUGAUACAAGACCACUGCCGUCGCGUCUUUGCCCCUCAGGCCAACCGUGCACUCGCCGAGCAGAUAAGCGACAGCUACUCGAGCGAGGCGGAGCGUCGACUACGCGGGCUGGAUGCCGAUGCCGAUGGCAUUAGCAAGGAGAUCGACUUGGUCGAUCAGGAUGCCAUAGAUGCGCUGCCGAGAACAUGGCUCUCCGACCGAGCAAUCGACCAGCAUCCGGAAGAAGCGCAGCGCUACGCAGAGACGGUGGAAAGGCUAGCGUCGCUCAACCAUCAGCGCAGAGACCUACGACGGCGCGUCGACCGCCUGAGACGUAUGCGUGACACCGUGGCCCCCCUGAAGACGGGCGAGGCCGGUGCGGGGGUCCAGGAGAAUAUCGUCACGCGCAACGGCCAGGUCGAGAAGGAGUUGGAGAAGAUGCGCAUGCUGCUGGUGCGUGUGACGGGCCGCGUCGGCGGCCUGCCCGAUUCAUCUGGUCGAGGUAGGGAUCGGGACGAUGAUGAGGAUGUGAAACCCCUCAAUGAGGUCAGGAAGAGGACUAUCGACGACUUCUUGGCCGAUGCCAGGGUGUUUCCUCACCAGCGGGAGCGUGGACUCUGA